AGAAUCAAGUAGCCUACUACUACCGGAUGAAGAUCUGGAGAGCCUCUUCUCAUCGUUAACGAUCGGCAACAUCGUCUCUGAAGGAAAUUCAGGAGAUUCUUGCAAGAAUAGGAAGAGGAAAUCUGGCCAAGAACCCGCUGGAUAUUAUUUAACUAACAGAUUACCUGAUGAUUCGUUGGAAAAGAUGUUGUCAUCGCUUGCGAUCCAAGACGCCGCAGUUACUAGUUCUGUUUCUGGACGACCGGAGGAACAGGACUACUCUCAUCUUGUAUUUAGUGGGCACAAUCUUUUUUCUGAGGAAAGUUCAGUUUGCACCACCACCUCCACCGAGUGCAAUGAUCCAGAAUCUUGGAGUUUGAGAUCAGACGAAUUCAUUGACAGAGUAAACAACCGGCUGCUGUGCCAUGACGGAACUGGUGUUAACGUGUUUGAGGUUCAUUUUGAUCUCAACUCCACCCAUGCUGCCCACCUUGACAAAUGGGUCCAGUUUGCGUCAAAGUCAAAUGCACACUCUGUGAGACUUCACUUGUGUAAAAGUGGAAUAUCAUGUUCUGGGCAUUCCAGGACUGCAAGUCCUUAUAACUUCCCUUUGCAUUUUUUCGGCGAUGGACAAGCAUCCUCUUUGCUGAGGCUAUGGAUGACGAAUUGCAUAUUCAGACUAUCAAUGUAUCCCAUUAGCUUUUCCUCUCUCGUAAGCCUUUGUCUAAUGUGUGUCACGAUAGCUGAUUCUGAUAUCCAAAGCAUUUUCUCUUGCUGCCCUGGUGUCCGCAUUUUGAGAUUGGGGAGCUGCAAUGAUUUGGUUAACAUAAGGAUUUCCGGUGAAAGACUGUUCCAUUUGUAUAUAUAUUAUUGCAAGAAUUUGGUGAGUAUUGAGAUUCAUUCAGCCAGCCUAGUCAUCUUUGAGUAUGAUGGACAUAAGGUACUCAUCAAAUAUGCGAGUACUCCCAAUAUGAGGAGAAUAUCAACAAAGUUCUCGAACAGAAAUUGUUCUCUCUCGAUGAAUUUAAAUAAAAUGAAAAUGAUCGAGAAAGUCUGCUUGACAUUCCUUUCACCAUCGAAGGAGCCCAAUUUCAAGCUAUAUGCGAAGAAAUUCACUGUAUUGAAGUACAUCAACUUGUAUAUUUUGCCAUCUUGGAAUAAUGUUCUUGCAGUAGCUUAUCUCCUUCAAGCAACUCCUUUCGUCACAAGACUCCGUCUAGAAAUGAAGGCAUACGGCGGAGAACAGCAUCAUCUGGAGAAUGUACAAGUCAGCUGGCCAGAGGACAUCUCUCUUCAGAAGCUCCAUUUGAUUCUUGUAGGAGGUUUCGCUGCACAACCCCCGUUGAUCGGGCUUUUGGCGUGCCUGGUGGGUGUGGCCCCUGGUUUGAAGUUCCUCACAAUCAGUCCACGCUACCAUCGUUUGAAACGAAUGGGUACAUGGGGGAGGGAGAAGGAUGGUGCCAAGGCGGCGAGGGAUCACGCACGGAAAGUCGCGAGGGAAGCCAUCGGCCUUAAGCUCCCGUCGUCUGUGAGGUUUGCCCUCCAUUGA